AUGAAGGUGAGCAGUGCCCUCCUUCUGGUGGCCCUCACCCUGUUCUGCGCCUGUGGGUUGGUGGCCACAGGGGAGGAAGACAAUGAGUUUUUCAUGGAGUUCCUGCAAACGCUGCUGGUGGGGACUGCAGAGGAGCUCUACGAGGGUCCCCUGGGCAAGUAUGAUGUCAACGAUGAUGCCAAGGCAGCACUCACAGAGCUCAAGUCCUGCAUAGACAACCUGCAGCCCAUGCACAAGGCA